GUGGGGGGGAGGAACAUGGCGCAAGCUCUGUCUGAGGAGGAGUUUCAGCGGAUGCAGGCCCAGCUCCUGGAGCUUCGGACUAACAACUACCAGCUUUCAGAUGAACUUCGCAAAAAUGGUGUUGAACUCGCCAGUCUUCGACAGAAGGUUGCCUACCUGGAUAAGGAGUUCAGCAAAGCUCAGAAGGCACUGAGCAAGAGCAAGAAAGCUCAGGAGGUCGAGGUACUGCUGAGUGAAAAUGAGAUGUUGCAGGCAAAGCUGCACAGCCAGGAGGAGGACUUCCGCUUGCAGAACAGCACACUCAUGGCCGAGUUCAGCAAGCUCUGCAGCCAGUUGGAACAGCUGGAGCGGGAGAACCAGAAACUGAAGGAUGGGUCUGCUGGAGCAGUGGCUGCCCAAGUGGAGCCCCAUGUGGAUGGGGAGCUGCUCAGGCUGCAGGCGGAGAACACAGCAUUGCAGAAGAACGUGGCAGCCCUGCAGGAGCGCUAUGAGAAAGAGGCCGGGAAGACCUCAGCUGUCGUUGGGGGUCAGGGAGACCCCUCAGGGGGCCUGGCCCCCACGCCAUUGGCAGAGGUGGAGUUGAAGUGGGAAAUGGAGAAAGAGGAAAAGAGAUUACUCUGGGAACAGCUGCAAGGCUUGGAGAGCUCAAAACAAGCUGAGACAUCCAGGCUGCAAGAGGAACUUGCUAAGCUCUCCGAGAAACUGAAAAAGAAACAAGAAAGUUUUUGCCGUCUGCAGACAGAAAAGGAAACACUAUUCAAUGACAGCAGGAACAAGAUUGAGGAGUUACAACAGCGGAAGGAAGCAGAUCUCAAAGCGCAGUUGGCUCGUACCCAGAAGCUACAGCAGGAACUUGAGGCUGCCAAUCAGAGCUUGGCAGAGCUGAGAGAUCAGCGGCAGGGGGAGCGACUGGAGCAUGCAGCAGCUUUGCGGGCCUUGCAAGAUCAGGUGUCCAUCCAGAGUGCAGAUGCGCAGGAACAAGUGGAAGGGCUUUUGGCUGAGAACAAUGCCUUGAGGACUAGCCUGGCUGCCCUGGAGCAGAUCCAAACAGCAAAGACCCAGGAACUGAAUAUGCUCCGGGAACAGACCACCAGUCUGGCAGCUGAAUUGCAGCAGCGGCUGGACGAGUAUGAGGACCUCAUGGGACAAAAAGAUGACCUCAACUCCCAGCUCCAGGAGUCAUUGCGGGCCAAUAGUCGGCUGCUGGAACAGCUGCAAGAAAUUGGGCAGGAGAAGGAGCAGUUAACGCAGGAGCUCCAGGAGGCUCGGAAGAGUGCCGAGAAGCGCAAGGCCAUGCUGGAUGAGCUAGCCAUGGAGACGCUGCAGGAGAAGUCUCAGCACAAGGAGGAGCUGGGAGCAGUCCGACUCCGGCAUGAGAAGGAGGUGCUGGGGGUACGGGCUCGCUAUGAGCGUGAGCUCCGGGAGCUUCAUGAAGACAAGAAGCGGCAGGAGGAAGAGCUCCGGGGGCAGAUCCGUGAGGAGAAGGCCCGAACACGGGAACUGGAGACUCUGCAGCAGACAGUAGAGGAACUUCAAGCUCAGGUCCACUCCAUGGACGGCGCCAAGGGCUGGUUUGAACGGCGCUUGAAGGAAGCCGAGGAGUCCCUGCAGCAGCAGCAGCAGGAGCAAGAAGAUGUUUUGCGGCAGUGUCGGGAGCAGCACGCUGCUGAGCUGAAGGGCAAGGAGGAGGAGCUGCAGGCUGUGCGGGAUCAGCUCCAGCAGGUCCAAGAGGAGCGGGACGAGCACCUGAAGACCAUCAGCAGCCUGAAGCAGGAGGUGAAGGACACGGUGGACGGGCAGCGGAUCUUGGAGAAGAAGGGCAGCGCUGCGCUCAAGGACCUCAAGCGGCAGCUGCACCUGGAGCGGAAACGGGCCGAUAAGCUGCAGGAGCGCCUGCAAGACAUCCUCACCAAUAGCAAGAAUCGUUCAGGCCUUGAGGAGCUGGUUCUCUCUGAGAUGAACUCACCAAGCCGGACCCAGACCGGGGACAGCAGUAGCAUCUCCUCCUUCAGCUACCGGGAGAUCUUGCGGGAGAAGGAAAGCUCGGCUGUUCCAGCCAGGUCCUUAUCCAGCAGCCCGCAGGCCCAGCCCCCUCGGCCAGCAGAGCUGUCAGAUGAGGAAGUGGCUGAGCUUUUUCAGCGGCUGGCAGAGACCCAGCAGGAGAAAUGGAUGCUGGAGGAGAAGGUGAAGCACCUGGAGGUAAGCAGCGCCUCCAUGGCAGAGGAUCUCUGCCGGAAGAGCGCCAUCAUCGAGACCUACGUCAUGGACAGCCGCAUCGAUGUGUCCGUGGCAGCAGGCCACACAGACCGCAGCGGGCUGGGCAGUGUCCUGCGAGACCUGGUGAAGCCAGGCGACGAGAACCUCCGGGAGAUGAACAAGAAGCUGCAGAACAUGCUGGAGGAGCAGCUCACCAAGAAUAUGCACUUGCACAAGGACAUGGAAGUUCUGUCCCAGGAAAUUGUGCGGCUCAGCAAGGAGUGCGUGGGGUCCCCUGACCCAGACUUAGAGCCGGGAGAAACCAGCUAAAAAGAUCUGCAGGCUACACCCCCCUCCCCUCCCACAGGAUGCCCUUCCCUUGGGCUGUGGUGGAAAAAUGGGGACUGGCAAGAAAAUCAAAUAGUUUGGGAGACUGGACAUUAAAGGGGCUAGAGGCCUGACAGCUGGUGUUAAUGACCCUGUCUCAGGGCAGAAGCCUGUGGAGAGUGGGGUCCUAAGGGAAGGGGCAGCGGGUCCCAAGGGAAGGGGCAGGUAUUUCUCCUUCUUAGCCCUGGCUCCCAGGCGCUUCUGCCUUCAUCUCUGCAUGAGCUCUCCCUCCCAGAGACCAACUCUUUUUUAUUUUAUUUUAUUUUUUAAUUUAUGUCUGGAAGCCUGGCUACUCUGCAUUUGGGAUCGGGGAUGUUGGGUGGGGGCGCGGUCCAUGUUCAGCGUUCUAGCAACAUGUGUGUGUGUGUGUGUAAAGGCUGUGCAGCCAAAAUACCACCUGGCCAGACGGGCCCACCCACUGACUGUCUG